AUGGUAUUAAUUUCUUAUUUUGGCAAGCCAGUAUCUGUGUUGAUAAGGACCUCUUGCGAAUCUUGUGGGCCUUCCCCAACUUCAGUAAGAAUAACACGCGAGACACCGGCGCCCCAUGAUGCCUCCACCUCGAACGAUGGUGCAAUAAAGGAAGUUGAAUCCGCCUUGCUCCAGCCGUCGACCGAGCCAAACACUGCAUGCAACAACCCCAAAACUUUUGCCUCGUUCUUCUCCUCGUACCUGGCAAUAGCAGAGAUCAGUGCAGCAAAGCCAGCAGCUGAGGAUGCAAGACCAGCGGCUGUUGGGAAAUUAUUUUCGCUCACAAUGUGCAACUUCAUCUCGCUCAAUUUUGGAAGUGACGAGUCUGCAGUUUCGAGCUCCUUUCUAUAUUGUCUGAGAUCCUUCAAACACUGUUGUGUUCUUGGGGUAUCCAACGAGUGGGACUCGCCAUUAAGCCAAAGUGAGUCUUUCUCGAACGACUCAGAACACGAAGCAGUGGUCAGGGUUCUCAAGUCCUUCUGGGACAAUGUGACACUGAUGGAGGAGUUUGUUGGUAGAUUGAGAUCCUUAUCUCUCUUUCCCCAUAAACACGUCCCAAAUUCUCACUGUUCUGUCUCCGGAACCAGAAACCAGCUUGGAUCCGUCAGGGAAAAAGUCCAAAGAGUAGAUGUCUUGCUCGUGUCCCUUCAAGUAUUUCACAAUGGUUCUGGUAGCAAGAUCCCAGAUUCUGAUGAUCUUAUCCUCAGCACCAGUGGCAAGGAACUUGCCGUCUGGCGAGAAGCACACAGAUCUAAUAUACAAAUCCCCAGUGUCGGUGUCGUAAGAUCCGUUCGAGCUGGCAGAAGACUCGUCGCUCAAUCUGGCAACCAGGUCUCCAGUUUCAACACUGAAAACCUGGGUAAGCUUGUUGCAGCCGGUGGCCAAGAACUUACCGUCUGCCGAGAACCGAACACAGCAAACCACCGAAGUGUGAUCGAACGAGUGGACAAGGGAUGUGUCGAUUUUCUUUGGCACAUUUGGAUUGUAAACAAGGUAGUACUCGCUGAACUGUUUUUUGUAUGGCAACGUGGCAUAUGA